UAUAAAUAAAAUAUAUAUAUAAAUAUUUUCAAUUUUAUUUAUCUUUAGAAAUAUUAGUGUAUUAUAGUUAUGGAUAUUCAAUUUAAUUUAAUAGUUUCAGGUAAUCCAACGAAUAAUGUACCACCAGCACAACAAAUUUUAUUAAGGUUAUUAUCGAUUGGUGAAGGAGAUAUGAGUCAAGCAUCUCCCUUAGUAUCAAGAAUAAGAGAAUGUAAAAAUAAAACCGAGCAGUUUAAUAAAGAAUUACUAAACUAUGUAAAGAAAAUUCAAGAUAGUUUAAAUGAAUUGGUAAAAGAUAUCGAUUAUAUAGACGAUCCCAAAGUUCCAACAUUUUUAAAAGAAAUAAUCAAAACUCAUAGUAGUAUUUCUUCAGCUUUGUUAAAUGUCGAGCCAAUGAUAAAGUCACAACUAGAAACAAUUACCAAACUUUCAGAUCAUGUACGUCCACCCACUGAAGAGCUUUUUAGAAAGAAAGCUCUAGAUUUACUCUCAAAAAGACCAACCCAGAAGACACCAGAAAGUAAAAAAAAUACUUGCACAAUUUGUUUAGAAAAUACAGCCGAUAUGUUAAUUAAAAGAACUUGUACAGAUAAAAAACCUAAUAGUAGUGGCGAAAGUAAUAAUAAUAGUAACAGUAACAGUAAUAGUAAUAGUAACAGUAAUAGUAAUAGUAAUAGUAAUAUUAAUAGUAAUAGUAAUAUUAAUAGUAAUAUUAAUGUUAUUAGAGAUGGUUCGACAACUACUACAAAUACAAACACCACAAAUACAACCUCGAAUACAAAUACAAAUUUACAACAACCAAAUACAACAACUGGUAGAAGAGUACCAAGAGGUUUGAGCAUGUUAUUCCCAGGACUUGGUGUGGAGGCUAGACCCGAAAGAGAAAAUCAUAGAAAAACAACUUUUUGUGAAAAUGCGGUUUGUCGUUGUGGUCCAACUAUGUGCAAAGAGUGUUUAAUUAAGCAUUAUUGGGUAUCAUCAGCAAAUGGUUUUAAAUCCUUUUCAACAUGUGUAUGUUGUAGAGCUGAAUUUUGUUUAAAAGAUAUUUAUAAUGUCGAAUAUGAAAAAGAGGAAGAUGAUAUUAAAGAAAUUGAGGCUACAUUGGUUGGUAACGGAAAAUCAAGUGCAACCACCACCACAACAACUACUAGCACUACAACAACAAAUUCAUCAAAGAAACGCAAAGACUCUGAUAAAGAUCAUUCCAGCAAUAAAAGACUUAAAGAAAAUGAACCAAAUAAAAAAUCAAAUGAUAAAAAGCGAGAAGCUGAUAAAAACGAUUCAUUAACCAAACAUAAUUUAAAAAGAGAAAGAAAAAAGAAGUCAUCUUCAAAUAGAGACUUAAAUUCAAAAACAAUAAUAGUGGACAGUGAUAGUGAUAGUGAUGGAGAUGCUGGCGAUGGUAAAGAUAAUAAUUACGAUAACAAUUCUGGAAGUAGUGACGAUGAAGACGAUAGACCAAGAGUAAGCCCAUUCAAUACUUUUAAGAAGCUUAUUAAUUUUUGGAAAUAA